AUGAAACUUUGGACUUUUACCUGGGUGUCUUGCCUGGUGAUUCUCAUCUUGUGCUUUGGGUCAGAGUGUGGAACAAUUAGGUUGAAAGGAAGAUCCAAGAGGGAGCUGGUGCGCCUCAGGGAGGCAAAAGCUACCAUCCCGGGGUCUUGUGCCACUCGCCUGCCCCGGGGCAAGCGCUCCGUACCCGGGGUGGAGAGGAGGCUUGUGCGCCAGCGGCGGCGCACCUCUCAACCCGAGAAUAACUCUCUGGAGCGCGGGGGUAAAGCGGUCUACUUCACCGGUAGAGGAGACCAGCUGCGCCUUAAACCAGGCGUGGAGAUACCCAGAGGAAAUUUUACUCUUGAGAUGUGGAUCAAACCGGAGGGAGGUCAACGAUCACCCACUGUAAUAGCAGGCCUCUACGACAAAUGUUUCUAUGCUUCCAGUGACCGAGGAUGGCUGCUUGGUAUUCAGGCAGUCAGUGAAUAUGGAAAUCGAGACCCACGGUUCUUCUUUUCCCUUAAAACUGACCGUGCACACAAAGUGACCUCCAUUCACUCCAACGCUCGCUAUGUGCCCAAUCAGUGGGCCCAUGUGGCAGUCACAUAUGAUGGCAUCUACAUGAAACUUUUUGUUAAUGGCGCUCAGGUGGGCGUCAGCCGGGAGCAGUCGGGAGAUGUCUUUAGCCAUUUGACCAAAAAGUGCAAAGUACUGAUGAUUGGAGGAAAUGCCCUAAAUCAUAAUUACAGAGGGGCAGUGGAAAGACUGGGUCUUUGGAGGCAUGCCCGAGGACAGAGACAGAUUAUCAGAGAUAUGCAGGCCCAAGAAGACCCCUUAGAUCUACCUCAUCUCGUCAUCCGUGAAACCUUUGAACACCCAGGACGAAAGUGGCUCACUGUAAAAGAUGGGAGUUUUCCACAACCUGAGCACGGAGGUGUGGGGCGGGUUGGUGGUAUUGGAUGGGGUGGAGUUACCAAUGGCGAAAGUUUGUUAGACAUAACACUUGAGCCUCCCCCUUGUGGUCAGACUGUUUGCGAUAAUGUGGAGGUCAUUAAAAACUUUAACCAGCUUUGGACCUUCAGACGUCCCAAAAAAGUUCGCUAUCGAGUGGUAAAUAUUUGGGAUGACGCACGAAGACGACCAACUGUAACGGACCAUCAGAUCAGUCUGCAGCACCAACAGCUCAAUGAUGCCUUCAGCCCUUACAACAUCACCUGGGAACUCAGCAUCCACAAUGUGACCAACUCCUCUCUCCGGAACCGCUUAAUCCUGGCUAACUGUGACAUUAGUAAAGUUGGCGAUGAUGCGUGUGACCCUGAAUGUAACCAUCCUCUGACAGGCUAUGACGCAGGGGACUGCACAUCGGGACACCGAGGCAGAUGUCCUGAACACAAACAGGGCAACGGCAUCUGUGAGCCAGAGUGUAACUGGGAGAACUUCAACUACGACCACGGCGACUGCUGUAACCCCGCUGUGACCGACGUGACCAAGACCUGCUUUAAUCGCUCAUCUCCCCACAAAGCCUAUUUGGAUGUAAAGGAGCUGAAAGAGAUCUUGCAAUUGGAUGGCUCAACUCACCUGAAUGUCUUCUUUGCCAAUUCUUCUGAUGAAGAUCUGGCUGGCGUUGCCACUUGGCCUUGGGAUAAAGAAGCUCUCACGCAUUUAGGUGGCAUCGUGCUGAACCCGUCCUUCUAUGGAACCUUUGGCCACACUGACACCAUGGUCCAUGAGAUCGGUCAUAGUCUGGGGCUCUAUCAUGUUUUUCGAGGCAUAUCUGAAAUUGAGUCUUGUAACGACGCUUGUCUGGAGACUGAGCCCUCAAUGGAAACUGGAGAUCUGUGCGCAGACACCAACCCCACCCCCAAAUUCAAAGGCUGCCAUGAUCCAGUACCUGCAAACGAGACCUGUGGCUCUCGGCACUUUAAAAACACACCGUUCAACAACUACAUGAGCUACGCUGAUGAUUCCUGCACUGACUCAUUCACACUGAACCAGGUUGCCAGGAUGCACUGCUACCUGGACCUCAUUUACCAGACCUGGCAGACCACUUCUAAGCCCCCUCUUGUGCCAAUGCCGCCCCAAGUUGUUGAGCAGCAUCAUAAUUCAGUUACACUGGAAUGGUUCCCACCCAUUUCUGGACACUUUUACAACAGAGAAUUGGGAUCAGUGUGUGAUAAAUGCACAGAAGGGGGGGUUCUGCUGCAGUAUGCCUCCAACUCAUCCUCUCCACGGCCCUGUGCCCCGUCUGGACACUGGUCUCCUAGAGAAGCUGAAGGCCCUCCAGAUGUGGAGCAGGUCUGUGAACCGAGUGUGCGCACCUGGAGUCCUAAUGCUGGAAUCGAGCAGGGCACGGUGGGCCUGUCCGAGUGCCCUCUGCAGGGCUGUAUGCUUCAGCUGGAGUUCCCACACCCAUUAGUCCCAGACUCCCUCACAGUUUGGGUGACCUUCUUUGGAGCCGAGGAAACAGCCCUUCCAGCCAUCCACAACAUACUGCUGCUGACGGUCAAUGGGAACAACAUCUCACUUGGUCCAAGCAAUGUGUUCUGUGACACCCCACUGACUAUAAAGCUGGAUGUGGAGGAAAGAGUGUAUGGAGUACAGAUUUUCACCAUGGAGCAACACCUAGAGAUUGAUGCCACCCUCUUGGCUUCUAAAUCUGACUGCGAACUGUGCAGAAACUGUGAACCUCUGCGAUAUCGCCUAUUGCGCCAGCCACCAUUUAACCAUGCACCCAUGGGUCUGAUGCUUAAUGAACCAGUUCGGAGGUAUACAGAUAGGGAUUUGAUGCCAAAAGUUGUGUAUACAUAUCAAGUCCAAACUGUUUCUAGCUGGAGUGAGAGUGAGCCCUCGCCACCGCUAGUACAUCAAGUCGGGGCUCCAUACUGUGGAGAUGGCCACAUUCAAAGUUUCAAAGGAGAGGAAUGUGAUGACAAGAACUCUGUGAAUGGGGAUGGCUGUUCUAGUCAAUGCAAGAAAGAGCCCUUCUUCAACUGUGUUGAAGAGCCCAGCAUGUGCUACUAUUACGAUGGUGAUGGGGUGUGCGAGGACUUUGAGCGGGAGACAGGGGUAAGGGAUUGUGGUCUCUACACGCCCAGUGGGUUUUUGGACCAGUGGGCCACCAGUGUGGAAGUGUCCCAAGAAGAGAAGCCCUACUGCUCUGGAGAGGUGGCUGCAGGAUAUCCUGCUGUGACUAAAACAUGCCAGUCGAAGGUGUUUGACUUGUCAGAUGGUGUCUCACAGUACGCAUGGUUUCCCUGCCAUGGUGGCAGUCAGACACACUGGGGACACUCCAACUACUGGCUCAAGGCUCACUUUUCACAUCCAAUGGUGGCAGCAGCAGUAAUCAUUCACCUUGCAGCGGAUGGGACCAGUUACAUAGACCAGACACAGUGCAACAUCACAGUGCAGCUUGUGGAUACCAAUGAGGGCAACCACAGUCUAGGAGAGUGGCGCCUCAGCUGCCGCACUAACCCACUGGUGAUCCCUGUGAGCCAUGACUUGUCCAUGGCGUUCUACCACACAAAGGCCAUCCGGGUCAUGUUUAAUUCCCACCUUGUGGCCAUCUCAGGUGUGGGCAUGCGCUCUUUUCAAUCCUUCGAUCCCAUCACUAUAAGUGGCUGCCAGAGCAACGAGAUCUAUAACCCCACUGGCCAGAGUUGUGUACAUUAUUCGUGCGAAGCCAUUGACUGCCAGGAACCUUUAAUCCGCAAUGCAGAGCUUAAGUGCAGUAGCUCCAGUCGCCACUUCUUCAAUGGAGACCGCUGCACCAUCUCUUGCAACUCUGGCUAUGUCCUACAAGUCCACCAGGAUGAUGACAUCAUCAAGAGCCAGUCGGAUUCAUCGGUGACCAUUACCUGUGCAAAUGGGAAGUGGAACAAACAGGUGUCAUGUGAACCUGUGGACUGUGGCAUGCCAGACAAGUAUCAUGUACAUCCUGCCAACUUCAUGUACCCCGAAGGCACCACCUACGGCAAGAAAAUAACUUUCCAGUGCCGUGAGCCUGCACAGCUUAUUGGUACCAACAACACUUUGACUUGUCUAGAGGAUGGUUUGUGGUCCUUCCCAGAGGCCCUGUGUGAACUGCGCUGUCCAGCUCCUCCUCCUGUACCCAACGCUGUGCUGCAAACAAAACGUUGCAAUGAAAGUGGUCUAAAAGUGGGUACCCUCUGCAAGUACAAGUGUAAACCGGGCUACCAUGUCACUAACAAACCCAAAAGACGAGCCUUUAAACGGCAGUGCACAGAGGACGGCAGUUGGCUGGAGGGUGCAUGUGAGCCAGUGACCUGUGAUCCUCCUCCUCCCAUCUUUCAUGGGUCCUAUUACUGCACGGACGGUUUCCGCUUUGACAGCGUUUGUAGACUCAACUGUACCGAUCCUGCCGGUAAAAGUGCCAGUGCCGCUGCAGGAGGCUCCGCCCAUACGGUGAGGCUGCUGCACGCUCCAUGCAAGCAGAGCACCACUUCCAAUAUGAUAAGAUGUAGAAAAGAUGGAAACUGGACAGGGUCGUUCCGCCUCUGCCCACACAGCAAAGGUCAAUGUUCUUUACCUCAAAACCUCCACCACAAUCUUCAGUACUCUUGCAAACGAGGGCAUGGUAUAGGUGAAGAGUGCGAGCUGUCAUGCCGAGAGAGCACAAAUGAAGUGGUGAUCCUCCCUAGCAACAUGACUGUGGACAAUGUGCUGAAGGAGCACUGGAGGAACCCACCCAAAGUCAAGAAUAUAGUGUGUACAAUGGGACUGAAGUGGUAUCCACACCCAGAAUUGCUCCACUGCAUCAAGGGAUGUGAGCCCUUCAUGGGAGACAACUACUGUGAUGCUGUAAACAACAGAGCAUUCUGUAACUACGAUGGAGGAGACUGCUGCCAGUCCACAGUGAAGACCAAGAAGGUUAUUCCUUUCCCCAUGUCUUGUGACAUUCGAGAUGAGUGUUCCUGCCGGGACCCCAACGCUGUGGAGAACAGAAAGGAGCUGCACAUGCACUCUCUGGGCUGAGCGGCAGCAUGGAUCUGCUUUACUGGCACCACACUCACAGAGCAGAGAAUGGGGAGACCUCAGACUUCAUCCUUUGUUUGACCUCCAGUUUCCUGCACAUGCUGCUUAACAGGCAUACCUCUCCAUCCAUUCUGCUUUUCAGACCAGCUGAAAUGUCUCAUUCCACCAGAGCUAG